AUGGAGCAGAUCGAAACCCAGGCGACCGACCUGCGCUAUCUGAUGCAAGCCGUGCCGCCGCCGCCGCUGCCAGCGCCGGCACAGGCACAGGCACAUUCACAUCAACAGCAUCAACAUCAUCAUCCGCAUCCACAUCCGCAAUCGCAUCCUAGCCUUCCCCACCCCGGCCCGUAUCCGCGGAUGCCGUCGGCCGACGACCACGCGCGCCACGCCGCCCUGUCCCCGCACCAUCUGAACCGCUCCGUGUCUUCCUCGUCGCCUCUCGCAGCCGCCCGAGCAAACUCUCGGCCACCACCGCCACAGAUCCUGCACGACCCCAGCAAUUCCGGUCCCGCCUUUGGCGGCGCCUCGACACCGCUGCCCUCGCCUUUCUCGCCGGACGCCGGUGCACAGAACAGCUACUAUUCGAAUACCGCCGGCAACGGUAACGUUGCCAACAAUGGUGCCAGCAAUAGCGGCCCCGGAAGCAGCAGCAACGUCAACAAUGCCAGCAACCGCGGCAGUCCGGGGAGCGUCGCUGGCGGUAACAGCGGGACGCCGUCGGGCAAGCGGAAGCAUGAUGACGAGGAAACGACUGCAAAACAACAGCGCAGCAAGCGCAACCGGGACUCGGAGGAGUUCAAGAGCAUGACCGAAAAGAUUCACAAUUUGGAAGACCAGCUCGAGAGCAUUGUCCAAAGCAUUCAUGCCCUCCGCCAAGAGACACAACGCGUCACGCCACACCAAGACCGCAUCCUACCCAUCCCUUCUUCAACCGUCUCCCCCUCGCCUUCUUCCUCCGUACCCUCUCUCCACAAGCCCGAGUUGGCUCCCAUCCGCCAGCCGCACACCUUCCGUGGCGGCCCCACCAGCAUGGCCUUUACCGUCGACGUUGCCAAGAACACCCUGCACAACAUGGGCUACAGCGGCGAGCCGCAAGAGGAGGGCGGCAACGGACCUGCCGUGGAGGAGACACCGCGCACGUCGCCUUUCCUUCCACCGGUAUCCAUACAGACGUCGUCCUCCAUGCUGCCCCUGUCGUCGCGCAACCAAGUACCCAACGAUCCGCUGUGGGAGUUUGACAAGGACGAAAUGGUCCGACUGUGUCGCCUGCACGAAGACGAGGUCGGCAUCAUGUACCCCGUCGUCAAGAUCGAAACCGUCAUCGAGCACGCCCAGAGCCUCUCGUCGUGGAUGGAGUCCGCGCGCAGGAGCGGCUACAUGCCGCCCCUCCACUACGACGAGACCAUGACCGACAUCCGCACCCUGACCCUCAAGGUCAUCAUGUGCUGCGGCCUGGCCGUCGAAGAGCACGGACACAGCGCCAAGGCCAUCCGCCUGUACGACAGCAUGCAGUCCAUUACCGACGGCAAGCUCAUGAGCGAGCCCAGCAACCUCGCCAACCUGCCCUUCCUCGCCCUCGUUGCCGGCUACCGCUUCUUGUCAAACGACGAAGUCCUGGCCUGGCGCGUCAUGGGCCAAGUGGCCCGCCACUGCCUCGAGCAGGGCCUGCACCGCCGCGAAGGCAUCGUCAAGAUCGCCGACGAGCAAGAGCGCCGCGACGCCAUCAACACCUUCUGGACGGCCUACGUGCUCGACCGCCGCUGGAGCUUCGGCACCGGCCUGCCGUACGUCUUGCACGACGACAAGAUCGACCCCAACCUGCCCUUCCCCGACGAGUACCCGUACUUGGUCGCCAUGAUCACGUACUCACGGCUGGGUGCCAAGAUCUGGAGCCUCGUCGACUUUUUCGAGCCCGCCAUCAUCCGCGACCUCAAGCGCGAAGAGUUUGAAACGCUCGACCGCGAAAUCCUCCAGUGGUACGACUCGUGCCCCGACGCCGUCAAAAUCAGCAACUUUGACCGCGAACUGCCGCUACCGUCCACUCCUUCCUACAACCUGCAGCGCCUGCAGAUCUGGACGCGCCUGCGCCUGAACCAGAUCCGCAUCUGGCUCAACACCCCCGUCCUGCACAGUGCCAGCAGCAUCAACGACAACAUGGAGCAGGCCCAGAAAGUCGUCGACCUCGCCAAGGACACCAUCCGCUACCUCUCCCGCCUCAACAACAGCAGCAACCUCUACCGGCGCAUCCAGGUCUUCUACCACCAGUUUUUGACGUCCGCCAUUGCCGUCCUCUUCUUGGCGUCCACCCACCAGCCCGUUCAGUUCAGCGCCGACUGCCGCGAAGAGUUUUACAUGGCCAUGAAUUUGGUCAAGGACAUGUCGGCCAAGAGCUGGGUCUCGCAGCGCCUGUGGCGCACCAUCCGCUCCCUCACGGCCUAUGCGCCGCGCCUGGGCCUGGGCCUGCAGCAGAACGACGAGGAUUCGCAAUACUCGUUUGCCACCAAGAUGUCCGGCUUUAACGUAGGCAACGGCGGGCUGGCAUCCGGGUCGGUAACGGCGUCGGCGUCAGCAGCGGUGUCAGCCCCCGGCCGUGACGGCAGCAUUGCCAGCAGCACCGGCAGCGGCUACCCGAAUAGCAACAGCAGCAAUGGGCCGAACCAAAGUCAAAAGGCCCACCCCCCACUUGCCCAUCCCAGCAGCAAGAGCGGCAACACUGGCAACACCGGCAACAACGGAAAUAGUAGCAAUACGGCGUCGCCCAGCACGACGGCAGCCGGUGCUGUUGCCAAUGGUCCGCCACUGACGCCGUCGACAGGCAUGGCUCCUGGCGCGCAGCCGCAGCCGCUUGAGCAGAAGCAGCAGCAGCAGCAGCAGCAGCAGUCUCAAACUACGAAGCCAGGCCAGCAACCUACCACCGCAACUACAACGUCAGCAACAGCCGGCGCGAGCGCCACCUCCUCGCCCGAGCAGGAGACGGCCAACGGCGUCCAGAUCCAGACGGAAAUGACCCGCAUAUAUGAGGGCUUUUUGGGCUUGAGCGGGAUCCCAGCACCGGCGGCCGGGACAGUCACGGACAGCACAAAGGGUGGUGUGGCCGCGGCUGAAGCAGCCGCCGGCACCCCCACCAGCAAUGCCAACGUCGAACCCAAGCUGGCCGCCGAGGGCCUGCCGUCCGGCGAGGCGGUGUACGAGCAUCUGAAGAAUAUGUUUUAG